AUGUCGGCAACCACAACGACUUCGGGACUGACCAGACGAAGGGGCGGUGGUGGUGGUGGCGCUUCUGGUGCUUCUGGUGCAAACGGCAAUGGCGCAGAGACUCCUGACAGCGGUCCCAGCAAGGACAGCGCGCCGGAGACGAGUUAUGAACAGGGCGACAAUGGGCACAAAAUAGCAUUCGACCCGCGCGAUCUUAGUGAGAGCGCCGAGCGCAGCAAGCAGCCCAAGCUCACACUGAUGGAGGAGGUUUUGCUGCUGGGUCUGAAGGAUAAGCAGGGCUACCUCUCGUUCUGGAACGACAACAUCUCCUACGCCCUGCGUGGCUGCAUCGUCCUCGAAUUGGCCUUCCGCGGCCGUAUCAGCAUGCAGAAGGACCCUGGCCGCCGCCGGUUUCCCCUGUCCGACCGCGUCAUUGAAGUGAUUGACGACACCCUCACCGGCGAGGUCCUGCUGGACGAGGCUCUUAAGAUGAUGAAGGCUAGCGAGAAGAUGAGCGUCAGCGCGUGGAUCGAUCUGAUGAGCGGCGAGACCUGGAACUUGAUGAAGAUAGGCUACCAACUCAAGCAGGUUCGCGAGCGGUUGGCCAAAGGUCUCGUCGACAAGGGCAUUUUGCGGACAGAGAAGCGCAACUUCUUGCUCUUCGACAUGGCUACCCACCCCGUCGCCGAUGGCGGCGCCAAAGAGGAGAUCCGCCGCCGUGUCCGCAACGUCCUCACCCAGCGCACCAUUGUUCUGCCGGCCUCGCAGUUCCUGCCCGAGAACCUCGAGUUCCGCAACCUGCGCACCAUCGCCAUGGUGUGUGCGGCCUACGCCGCGAACGUCUUGGAGAAUGCCCUAAGCACACUUGGCCACGAGGCGCGCGAGCGUGCCUUUGCUCAGACCGACGAGCUGCUUAACGAGUACAGCGUAUGGCCGUUCACACGCAAGGCGACGGUUCACGGCAUCGGUGCCAACCUACCACAGGUUAUUGCAGAGGAAAUCGCCAAGGCCAAAGACCGUGAGCUCCAGCUGGAGGUCGUUGCCGCAUGCCUGAAUGUUUUUACUAGACUCGACUCGAUUCUGUAG